AUGAUCGACAACUUGACAUUGCUGCACGAGAAUAAGACCCUACUAGAAUGCAUGUUUCUGGCUACAUAUGCUGUGGACGAUUUAUGCUCGGGUACCAAGCUAUCACUUCGAACCCAGCGGAUACUCUGCACCAUCCUCUCGUCUCUAAACAGCAGUCUUCGUGAUGCUUCAGGGCAACAAUCCCACACCACGAUAUUUAUCAUAUUGAUUCUUCUCUUUGCAGCUGAGUCGUUUCAUGACUUUGAUGCUGUUUCAACACACCUUGAGGGACUGAGGAGAUUGUUGGAACUGCGCGAGACGAAGCCGGUGCCCUUGGACUCUAAACUGUUGUUCAAGAUCCAGCAGGUCGAUCUUAGAAUGUCGUUGGCGACAGGUCGUCCGCUAUACUUCCCUUUCGACUAUUCCUGCUCACAACAGCCUGUUGGCGUCAUCAGUCCGCCAAGAAUUAUCCCCUGGCUGGUGGUACAUCCUGCACUGAUGACCUGUUAUCAGACAUUGCGAGCUUUGUCGAAUCAUGCGAACAAGCGUCAAGCCUCAAAAGUUGGAACCCUUCUAAACUGGGCUGCUUUCCAGUCUCAAGUUAGCACAAGUCAAACUCAUCUCAUAGCUCUUGAGAGCAGUCAGCUACCUGUCGAGUCUGAGGCUCUGCGACUCGGCAUGCUUGCCUUCUUAUCCACACUCUCACGUAGCCCGGCACGGAAGUCUCACCUACCAACUUUUACCUCACAGCUUGAGGAGUGCUAUGUUGCCAUGAAACAAGAGCAAGAUUUCUACUUGCCAUUGCUUAUUUGGCUGAUGUUGAUGGGAUAUAUGUCUACCAUCGAUACAUCCAGCUUGAUAUCAUUAACAGUCUGGAAAUCUUUUGUUGAGCCCGACUUGACUUGGAAGGCUGCACAAGGAAUUAUCAGUAAGCUUCCAUGGAUUGAAGUAAUUCAUGAUGAACCGGGAGAAAAAGGCUUUAGACACUUACAGACUUGGGAUGACGAAUCAGGGCGUCACUAA